AUGGAUGUAUUUGUCGGUCAAGCCCCGGAGUAUGUUGGAUUGGUAUACGGUGCUGUCAAGAUCCUUCUGGUAGCCCAUAUCAGCCAUGCGGAGCUGAAGGAGAAGGUAAAAGAGAAUAUGGAGGUCAUCAAAACGAAAUUCGAGAUUAUGGAUCAUCUCACAGACUAUCAUCCGUCAGAGCGAUUGGUCCUAGCUCUCGGGAGAUUCUAUGACUGCUUCCAACGAUUCGUCGCCAAGGCCUUGAAGUUUUAUUGCAGGAGUCGUCUCAAAAAUGCCUUCAAGGCGUUUACCAAGCCUUGGACUCAGUUGGAACCCAUCGUUCUGUCGAUAGACCAGGUCUACAGUGAAGUGCGCGAUAUCAUCCACUUUUCCAACCAUUUUACGGGUCAAACAGUCCUCACAAAAGUCUCGCAAAUUCUCGAUUUCAUGACGGAAAACACGAUCAGGUUUUCCAAAACGAGCGAUUUCGAGGAGACCUGUCAUCUUUUCCGGCAGCGGGUCGAUGCUAAAAUGGAAGAACACGGAGUUGAUGGCACUCCCGUUGAUACGUCCAACAAUUCUCAAGCCUCGGUGGAGCCUCUAAAUAUGGAAAAUACCUUCGCCAUGCUAUUUACUGAUCUCAAUAAACUCGAGGAUAUCCGGACGCAGAAAUUAAAAAUGGAAGAACAACGCCCCGAGAUGCAUCAAUAUCGUACCACGAAACGCAACAUAUUGAAGGUUGACCAUGUCAUGGAUUGGGUUGAGGCUCAAUCCUCGCAGCUUUUGUGGGUGGAUGGCAGCCAUUCCCUCCGCCGAGAGACAUUCAGUGCCUCAUUUGUCGCGCCGGUGUUGCUAUUGGGAGAGAAUCACUUUGAAACCAGUAUUGUGCUGCGACAUUUCUGCGGUGAUAGCUAUGGCACCAGCGCCAGUAACUAUCCAGCGCUCAUUCAGUCCCUGCUCACUCAGCUAUUCAAGCAGCGUGCUGAUCUUUGGUCGACUGCUUCUACCUCACUUGACCGAGAGAGCGCGAGCAAUAUAUGCGUGCUGUGGAGGGUUUUCGUUGAUGCUCUUCAGAAUGCUCAGGUACCAUGUGUGUUUAUUGUCAUUGACAGCAUCGACAGUCUAGCUUCUCAAAAAACCGCAGAUGGUGUAGAGGAGCGUGAUUUCAUUCUCGGAGCGUUGAACAUCCUGGUACAACAUUCGAAUCUACUCGUGAAAGUCCUACUUACGGCAUCGCUUUCCCAUACCACCCCGCUUGCAGGAACGGACAAUGCAUUGACGUUGGGUACACUUUCAUAUGCCGUUCAGUCACAGAAGUCGAGGCAACUUUCCAAUGCCAUUACGGAGGAAUAUUUGAUGCCCGUUUCGCAUAAAUUUGUCGAAAUUCAAGAGCGCAGAUGCAAAACUAUCCGCUUUACCCAGCUUCCCUUGAUAUACCAGAUCAACUCGACAAUUUAUUGCUGGAAAGAUAGAGUCUUACGAGCCUUUGUUGUGUCUGAGCUUUCUGGGAUGGACCCGGGGCCAUUUGGUACAUACGGACCACUUGUUCUUCGGGCUUGGGCCGUCGAUCAUAAUGGCAAGACUUUUGUCAGGCGAUUCUAUGACUUCCGAGUUCCUUUCUUUUCUCGUGAGAUUGACAUCGUUGACCUAAGUUACAUACCCGCUGGUUAUCUAGCAGACGAAAAUCAGCAUCGCAUGCAGCUGAUUCGGCGGGGUCGACGGUAUUGGAAGCUUGGUAGCGCUGUUCAUUUCAUGGAACAUAACUCAAGCGAGCAGCCUGAACGUGUCGUCAUUGAUCAAACUCUUCGACCCUCGGGAAAUCAUGACCUUUCAAAAUUGGAUGUGGAUUUAAGGACAAUUUUGGAUUCCAAUUUAAAGCCAUUCGUGGCACUUACAUGUCCACCUACCAUCUCGGGAUACGAUUUGACUGACAACACAUGGAGAGAAAUCGAUGUACUGGCAAUCCAAGAUGUACAGUUCCAGCGCAAACCCGAAGAAGUCUUCGAAGACAUUCUUCUUCAGGACGACUCGAAAUACAUACUUCGUGGGAUGAUUGAUAGAUACCGAGACUCGAUAUCUAUCCCCAACGAGUCUGUUCUGAUCAUGUUUCACGGAGGGCCAGGCGUUGGCAAGACAUUCACAGUCAAGUUGGCCGCAGAGUAUACCCGGCGGCCCCUGAUUAGCAUCUCCAUGGCAGAUAUCUUCAAGACGGGCCAGGAUGGGCCAAGGAGAGUAAGGGCCAUCCUGAAAAUGGCUAGCCAUUGGAAUGCCCUAGUCUCUCUAGAGAAUGCCGAGCUUCUGUCCGAAGAAGAGUCCAAACAAGACUCACCACAACAUGCGAAUGUCUUAUCAAUCAUUCAAAUUCUUGAAAGGCACCACGGUCUAGUAUUUCUGAUCACGGAUCGAGUUGGAGCCGUGAAUAUGAAUCUUAUUACUCGAACAGCAUUGGCAAUCAAUCUCCCGCCACUGGAUGAGAGCUCCCAGAUCAGGAUUCUUCAAAGCCUGGCAGCGUCUCAUAGCGGAAUUGUUCGAGAGGGAAUUCAAGCUGUCGCAUCUGGAUGGCGUUCCUGGAAAACUACUAAAGGGAUGAACGGCUGGCAAAUACAGCGGGGAGUGACGGCGGCAUUGGAAUUAUCAAGGAGCGAGGAAAAUCAGUUCGACUUGAAGCUACUAGAAAAAACCUUCUCAUCACAGGUGCAGUUUCAGUCCUACUUAUGGACUCUCGGUCGCGAUUCAGACGCUGCGCUCCAGAGAAAUCACCGGAAUGACAGGUUUGUUAGCCGUGCCGAUCCUUUGUUUGGAAUCGGUAAAAAUUGA